UUUUGUAGUAGAUCGAAGUUAUUUGAAAUAAAACAAAAUAAUAAUAAAAAAAACCAAAUGAUAAAUAAUCGAUAAUUCAUUACUACUAAUGAACCAUUAAUCAAUUUCUAGAGCGAAGUUUGUUUUAUAGGUCUGGCAGUUUUUAGAUAACUUUUGGGCUGGAAAACCGUGACUCUAUCUGGCAACCCGGAAGCGUGUUGUUGGCACCGAGACGCGGUGAUGUGGAGUCAUGGACGGUCAGCCUGUCGAAGCGAUUCUCUUUGACUUGGACAACACUCUGAUUGAAACGAAUAAAGCAGGUGGAGUCGCAAUCCAGAAGACCAGCGAGCUCCUGAGGACCGUGCUCAGCCUAGAUGAUGCCACCAUCAGCAGCAUUUGUGACAAAUACAAGCAGAAGCUGCUACACGAGAUCUUUGACCCUUUGAGCGGGAGCUCGUUGGAUGACACCCGUGUGCGUCACUGGGAGGAGAGCAUCGAGGAGACUCUGGGGACUCUCUCCCCGCGCUCUCUGGGAGCUCAGUGCUACUAUUUAUGGAAGAAGAGCCGCCUGGAAGCCCUCAGUCUGUCUCCUGAAGUUCGCAACCUUUUACGACAGUUGCACAGCCGAUACAAGCUGCUGCUCCUGACCAACGGGGAAGCUCACACUCAACAGGAGAAAGUGGACACGGUCAAAUGCCAGGAGUUCUUUGAUGCCAUUGUGAUAGGGGGUGAGCACUCAGAACAAAAACCCGCCGUCUCCAUUUUCACAUUGUGUUUCAACAGGCUAGGCGUUGAGGCCCAGAGGUGUGUGAUGGUGGGGGACUCUCUGGACACAGACAUUCAGGGGGGCUUGAACGCUGGUGUGCGGGCCACUGUGUGGGUUACCAGUGGAGAGAGUGCUGCGGUGUCAGACAGCUAUGUGAAACCCCACUUCACCAUCGCCUCUGUUCUGGACUUGCCACAUGUUCUGGAUCAACUUAAAUAAAGAUACGGUAGUCAAAGUGG